AGGAAUUAUAAUAAUAGUAAGUAAACCUUUUAUACUAUAUGAUAUAAAAAAUUGAAGAUUAAAGAUGGGGUCAAGUCCGUUCGACGGAUCGCGGUUUAUUUACAUUUUGAGCACACUAUAUUAAAAGUAUGAUGUACUUAGUUAAAUAGCUAAUAUCUAACAUCGUUCUGGUUUGCUAUGCUUUUAAAUGAAUACACAUUAGAGUUUCAAUUUAGAAGAUGUCGAAACAACGCGAAAAUUGGGUAUCACAUCAGAGGGUCCUCACACAGCACAUGCCCAGAACAGACUUGACCUCGUUUUUAAGGGUUUGAAAAGGGUUCAGAAUCCUAGGAUGUCAUUUUAAUUGCACGCAUGCCCUCACAGGCGAGCAGAAUGUGAGCUUAAUUUUGCUCAAAUGAACAGAACUUGUAGCUUAGUUUUUACGAACAAUAAUUGCUUUAGUACUUUAUUUUUCGUACUAUGGACAGGAAGAUUUGCCUAUAGCAUUGAUUAUUCUUCAACUGUGGUAAAUGUGUUACUUUAUUUUUACAGUACAAAGGUCCAAAGGGUGACAGAGGUGAAAAAGGGGCGAAGGUGCGGAUUGUUAUCAUCGUAUAUAAAAACUAGAAUGCAACAACGUACAAUUUUAUUUAUUCAAUGAAAGUAUUAUAUGUCAACCCAAAAGAAUAAAAAGCACGGAUCUUGUUUAAUUCAUAAAAUUGUAUUCUCACGAUAACAAGAAUUCUGAAUUUGUUUAUUUCUAACAGGGUGUAUCAAAAAACCUGCAAACACUAUAAUUUACAUAAUUCUGCUGUUUACUAUAUACAUUUCAAUGUCUGUGCUACUUAUUUUGCUCCUGGAUUUGAAAAUAUAUUCUAAUUAACCGCGUUGAUAGAAAUUAGAAUAACACAAAGUUAUUUGUAAUGCAGAAAACUAAUUAUCAGUUCGACUGCGAAUUGGUCAACUAUUGUGUUCACGCACGCUUGGGAUCAAUUAGUUCUGAAUCAUGCAAAUUCUAAAAACAUUGUAUUUCAAAGGGUUUGCAGGUUUUUUUAAUACACCUUGUAGUAUGUAUAUUAUAAAAAAGGGCUCGUCUGUUACCUCCAUGAACAGGCAUUGAGAUUGGUUGAUAGUGCAUAACAAUGAAAGACAAUACACUCCUGUACAGGGUGAGUAAAAAAAAACUGAUACCUUCGCGGCUAAUUUGAAUAACAAAGGUAUCAGUUUUUUACUCACCCUGUAUAUAUAUAAUACAUUUUCUAAAGAACGAGUCCUUUUGUUUUAGACAGUCAAUCACAAAGCAUGAUUAUUUUAGGGCAGAUAUUACUUGAAAAAGGUGUAAAUCACAGUUUUAAAAAAAGCUGCCUAAAGUAAAGAACUGCAUGCUCUGACUUCCCCUGCUUGGUGACUUGAUAAUCGAAUCGACGUUUCAUUUCAUAAAUUAGUUCACUGCACAGAUAUGGUAAUUAAAUUAGGGAGACUUUAAGAAAUAUAAAACAAGACACACUCCAUUAAACAAAAGCACCUUGUGCACUCAAAAAAACAGCCAGAAAAAAAGAUGUACAGUAAAAUUUUGAGGUGUGAUAAAAUUUGAUUAAAAUAUUAUCGUUGUCUUGUGUAUUACUCGAAUCUUAUAUGUAUACUUUUUUUUGGAGAUCUAGUUUGUUUUGUGUUGUGUUGUGUUGUGUGUUGUGUUUUGUUUUUUGGGUUUUUUUUUGUGUUUUGUGUUUUGUUUUGUGGUGUUUUGUGGUGUUGUGUGGUUUGGUUUUGUGUUGUUUUGUGUUGUUUUGUGUUGUUUUGUUUUGUGUUGUUUUGUGUUGUUUUGUGUUGUUUUGUUUUGUGUUGUUUUGUGUUGUUUGGUUGUUGUUUUGUGUUUUGUUGUGUGUUUUUUUUUGUUUUGUUUUGUUUUGUUUUGUUUUGUUUUGUUUUGUUUUGUUUUGUUUUGUUUUGUUUUGUUUUGUUUUGUUUUGUUUUGUUUUGUUUUGUUUUGUUUUGUAUAGUACGUUAUAUAGGGCGAAAUCUUAGUGCUCACAUAUUGUGUAUUUUUGUUUGUACAUAGGGAGAAGUGGGACCAGAUGGUAGGCCUGGUGGUAGUGGAAUAGGAGGACUGCGGGUAACUACAAAUAUGUUUAUAUUGUACCCUUAAGUGUCAGAAUUGUAACAUUAAUGUUACAUAUUUUGUUGAUACACAAAAUGUGCAGUUCUUAAAACACAAUGUGCAGUUACUAAGUUAACGAAACUAUAAAAUACUGUAUACAAACAUUAAAAUAUGCUUGUCGCUUUCUUUAUGGCAGUUAUUGAGCAUCAAAAAUAUGAAAGAGAAGAGGGUAAAGAUUGUAAGAAUGUAUAAUAAAACUGGGGCGAGCGAAGCCUCCUCGGAAAAAGAUUAGAGUGGGAGAACUUUUAUUAAAAUAUUCUUCGCUGCCUGAAAUGCAAAUUUAAGGUUGAUAUUUAAAAUGAACUGUUCAUGAUUCUGGUUGGGUAAUUCCAAUCUUCGCCAAAACGUAAGAGACUAUACAUACAUAGAGUAAAAAGUCCUUUCAGGUAAACGUUGAUCCCACGUCAAACACCUGAUGCUUCGUAACAUCCCUGCACAUGUAAAGUUCUAAAUUUUUCUUUAAAAAACCUGGUUAGCGUGUAAUAACUUCAAUAACAUAAUUAUACAGGGUGUCCCCCAAAAAACGAAAACUAUUGAAACUAGAGGGCACUCAGAUACUGCAUACCUCCGCCCGUUACUCGGAAGUGAAACGCAACCUUGGAAUUUCCUAAGAAAUCCACUUUAUAAUUCUUAAGCAUAAAAGAUUUUAGGCCCUCGCGAAUUGAAAUCGAAUUGCUAAUAGAUCAUAUUACUGUUGUUGUACUGUACAGUACUUGUAAAAUAAAAACUUAUUAAGUGUCAUUAAAUAAAUGCAUAAAUUUUGCUUUAUGCACUCGCGCGUGCAGUAAUUUUCACAGUUGUGCUAUUUUAAAUUCCCAGGCAGCUAAAAUCUUUUGUCUUUAAAACAAUGUCGAUUUCUUGGGAAAUUCUGAGGUUGCGUUUUUUUUAUACACCCUGUAUUGAAGUAAUCUAACGUUGUUAAAUGUUGUUAGAAUUUGAAUGGACUGGCACUUUGCUGAACGUAAUAAUGCGUAACUCCGUAAGCCUUGUUUUAGACAUUGAAUUUCGGUCGCGUGAAAUGCAACUACACUCUAAAAACACUCUGGUUAAAUUCAACCAGGAAUUGGGUUAAUAAUCCACCCAACACAUUCUGGUUAAAUUUAACCCAUUUCCUGGUUAAAAAUUAUCAAUUCAACAAAAAUUUGGUACACUUUUUUGGACUUUUAACCAGGAAAAUGGUGGGGUUUUUUUAACCAGACUUGUGUAGGUGGAUUUUUAACCCCGUACUGGUUGAAUUAACCCAAAUUUAACCAGAGUGUUUUUAGAGUGUAAGACAAUAGAUAAUGAAGGCCGAAGCUUAAUGAGGUUUAUCAUCUCAUUAUUGUCUUAGUACUGCGUGCAUAAAUUAUACACGUCCUAAUUGCGCAUUCAGUAAUAUUUUUUUGUUAAUUGACCGGGAAAAGCAAGACAAAAUUUUGAUCAUUUCUCGUUCAAUUUUUAACCAAAUUCAACCAAAUUUUAAUCAGUUCUUCCUUAGCCGAUGGGAAAUGCGUUCAAAAAAUUUCGUAUGAAUAUGUUUGGUAUUUCUUGAGUCAUCGUGCUCACAGACAAACACACACACAUACACACACAUACACACACACACAUACAAACCCAGAUGAUUACAUAACCUCCUGGCGGAGGUAAUAACGUAUUGUUAGAAUUUGAAUGCCUCAGCACUCUGCUGAACCCACACGAGCAUCAAAGCUUGGCAUAUUAAGUAAAUUUUAUGCAUAAAGAAACCGUUUAAGAAGCUGCUUUAAAUUCCCAAGAGCAGAAAAUCAUGCGCUUUACAAAUAUAUUUUAAUUUCUUAACAAGUGAAUAUUUAAUAUAUGUACCCUUGUCAAUAUUUUACGCAACUUCGCGUUCAGCUUAGUGCUUGGGCAUUCAAAUUUUAACAAUACGUCAUUUCAAUCGUUUUGCGGGGUUUUGGGACACCCUGUAGUAUAGCUAUAUGGUUUCUGGAUGACUCCUUGACAAAACUAUCUACAGUAGCUUAAAGAAACUUAUUUAGAUGUAUAAUUAAGCUAUAUUUAACAAAUAUAAAACAUUUUCCGUGUUGAUAUACAGUUAUAUCAACACGAGUGGAAUUGGGAAAACGAGAAAUUGUAUGGAAACACGACGCCCGAAGGGCGGAGUGUUUUCAUACAAUUUCGAGUUUUCCCAACUUCCACGAGUGUUGAUAUAACUAUAUAUCAAUACUGAAAAAAUGUUUUAUAUUUUUUUUUAUAAUAUAACAAUGUCAAAAGCCCGAAGGAUAAGCAAAAUUUCCGUGUUUACAAGCGGCGGAAAAUUUCCCGUGUUGACAUUGAGUUAUAUCAACACGGCUCUUAGCCAAUCGGCGUUCAGAAUUUACAAAUGCUAUAUUAUAAAUAGAUAUAUAAUGCAGUUAACGAAACUGUGUAAAGGGGUAGGUAUUUUUCGAGUUAAGCCCUUCGAGUUAAGUCCUUUUCGAGUUAAGCCCCUGCCACGCCCUUUUACGCUGGGGGCUUAACUCGAAUUAAGCAUUCGAGUUAAGCGCCGACAUUUGGUGGAUGUAAACAGGUGACGCGUGUAUACUCGCAAAAAUAUUGGCAAAUAAGGAGGGAGAAUGUAAAAUUUCACCAAUUUUAAGAAAUAUAUUUUACUAAGAUCUCUGUUGCUUUGCCUACAGUUUUAUAUAGACAUUCACAAUGACAUCGUGAAAUGGGGGAACUCAAUAAGGAUUUGUAAACACACAUUACGGCUUUAAAGCUACCUUUAGAGCUACCUUUCUAACCGAUUUACUCUGCAACGACAAGAUCUAGGACUAGAAUAUUAUGUAAACUCGUUUUAUAGUUUUCCGGUGGCUAUUUUAUACAUGCCAUGUACACAACCGAGUAACUCAUCUUGCCAAGAACCCGUCAGAGCUAGAUUAGGCGAGACUUUUUUUAUUUAUUGGUUUACGGAUUUCACUUUAAAAAUAAGAGGUCGGUAGGUCGGAAAAAAAUUUAAAGAAAACCGAACUGAGUAUAAAUGAGAACCGAAAUUAAUAAUCUUUAUAAAUUUUUUUAACGUCAGUUUAAAAACCCCCGCAAAAAACGUGGCUAAUCUACAUAUUGAUUGCAUAGAUAUUUUAUAAUUGAUUGUCACAACGAUAACAUGAGCCAGCAGUACCUAGAGUCAAAGUUCACUUGAAGUGUACUUCAUGUCAGAACCCCAAAUUAAUUAAAAUUAACUAAAAUUGUAAAAUUUUUGACAUCCAAUUUUUUUUUUAUUUUUCUCUUUCUGAAUAUUUACGGUCGGUGGAUCCGUAAACCAAUGAAUAAAAAAGUCUCGCCUUACGUAUGAUGUCACGCUCUAGUUUUCAAGUCCCCUACCUCGGAGAAGAGAUACAUCUUAGAAAGGUAGCUCGCCUCCAUAUGAACAUGUCAACGAUUUGCGUUCUGCAAGUGCCGCUAUAUAUUAUUUGUUUUAAAAAGCCGUAAUGUGUGUUUACAAAUCCUUAUUGAGUUCCCCCAUUUCACGAUGUCAUUGUGAAUGUCUGUAUAAAACUGUAGGCAAAGCAACAGAGAUCUUAGUAAAAUAUAUUGAUUAAAAUUGCUGAAAUUUUACAUUCUCCCUCCUUAUUUGCCAAUAUUUUUGCGAGUAUUAGAGUAUACACGCGUCACUUGUUUAUAUCCACCAAAUGUCGGGCUUAACUCGAAUGCUUAAGUCGCUAAUUGACUUCGAGUUAAGCCCCCGGCGAAAAAGAGCGUGGCAGGGGCGUAACUCGAAAAGGGCUUAAGUUGGCUCCCUACAAUUUUUUAAAUAUGACAAAAUCGUGAUUUAAAUUUAAUUUUUUGAAGAUAGGUUUCUCGUUAGAAGACAAAAAGUGUACCACAUAUAUUGAGCAAUCUUCUAAGAGUUAAAAGUGUUUAUAAAAAUGACGUCAUUACCGUUGCUAUGGUAACAAUGACGUUUCAAUAUGGCCGACAUUUUACCUUUUAACACAUUUUACUCGAAAAAAGGCCGGUUACUCCCAUUUUUUAUUUCAUGAAACGUUUUCAUGUAGAAAAAUGAAUGAUGUGAAAAAUUUUAAAAAAAUUCUGUAGAUCAAAAAAAUAUUUAUCAUCUACAUGAAAACGUUUCAUGAAAUAAAAAAUGGGAGUAACCGGCCUUUUUUUCGAGUAAGAUGUGUUAAAAGGUAAAAUGUCGGCCAUAUUGAAACGUCAUUGUUACCAUAGCAACGGUAAUGACAUCAUUUUUGUGAUCAAUUUUCAACUCUUAGAAGAUUGCUCAAUAUAUGUGGUGCAAUUUUUUUCGUCUUCUAACAAGAAACCUCUCUUCAAAAAAUUAAAUCUAAAUCACGAUUUUGUCAUAUUUCAAAAAUUGUAAGGAGCCACCUUAACUCGAAGGGCUUAACUCGAAAAAUACCUACCCCUAUGUAAAUGGUACGUAUUGAUGGCGAAUUAAAUAAUUGUUUAAAAUAAAUGAUUAUGUAUAACAUUAACAAAUGUCGGUGAGGCGCAACCCGUGUAAGCGGAUUGCAUGGUCUUAAACGGAGCAGCAUGUCAGUUUAUCAUUGACACAAUUCAUUCAAAUUCAACAUACUUGACAUUUAAAUAUAUCAAUAGAAAAAUUCUUUCCUUAUAUACUGAGCUUACAGUUUCAAAGUGAUAAGAUUUUUUUCAUGUUUAAAGGGCCGUCGAGGUCAAAAAGGUGUGGAUGGACGAGAAGGUAACCGUGGUCUUUUUGGUGAAUCUGGCCUACCUGGACCUCCUGGAGGAUUGGUAUAGUAUCUUAUUUAUAUCUUAUUAUUUAUGAGUAUAUUGUUUUUAACGUUUUUUUGUUUUCAAAAAGUGGGUAUGUUGUGCUGUGGUUAGUAGUGAAUGAAUAUUUCGCUUCUACGACUCGGGCGUAUUAGAAUUUCGCUUCAGUUACCUGUGAUAGUGUUUCAGGGUUACUGAACCGAACACAGUUGGUUUUCUCCUGGUACUCUGUUUUCCUCCUAUAACACAAAAAUAAUACGGAAUGGCCUUUAUUGAAACUCUAGACAGUUAAUUUAGAAUUGAGAAAGCUAUUCAACAUAAAAAAAUUUAGCUCUUCAAUCGUUAAACUUUAUUUAGUCUUUACUGGUUACAUACUCGCCUUUGUUAUAGAUGCUCUCCUUCGCAGCUGGUUAUCUAGAUCAAGGAAGAAGUCCAGCAGAAGCACCGAAAGGACCAACAGAACGAAUCCUUAUUCCACUGGGUGUAAGCGAAAUUUAAAAUUCAAACACGUAUUUCGUAGUCUGCACUUAUUUGACCAAUAUUUUAUUGGUUAAAACAACCAAAAAAGGGUUAUUUUAUAACCAAUUUCUCGGUUGUUUUGACUAAAUAAUAAUGGUCAAAUGAAAAUGCAUCUGAGACAACCAAUUCAAAUUGGUUAUUUUAACUAAUCCGUUUUUACAGUGCAUCUUUACUGUAUAUGGAUAUAAUACGUGUUAUAAUACUUAUAUGUGCUUUUAAUUGGUAGUACGACUACUACUCUGUCAAUGAUAAUGUAGGAGUUGUUAACCAUAAAAGCAACAUUGAUUCUUGAUUAGCUGUAGUUUCAGUACAUAUUCAAAGGAAUAAUUUUCUGUGAGUAUACAGCUGAUUAAUUGUCUGUUUCUCAAACAGGAUAGGCAACAUGGUCCUCGUGGAUCAAGAGGAAAGACUGGCCCACAAGUAAGUUCUCAGAAACGAAUUAUAGGGGAAUAAACUGACCCUAAUGUACAAACAUUUUACGUUGAGUUUCAAAUUGACUUUCUCAUUAUAUAACAACACUCUUAAUUAAUAUUUUAAUUGUGUUAUUUCUUAUUUAGGGACCAAAUGGUGCACGUGGUGCUAAGGGAUCUGCAGGCGCUAGAGCGGCAAGGGUAAGUUCUACCGGGUGUCCCAAAAAAAAGUACUCCGGUUUGAUUCGUAAUAACUUCUAAACAAGUAAAGCUUUUAAAGUUAAAUAACUUGCAUCAAAUAGAGGAAGGACUAACUUAGAUUUUGAUAUAUUACAGUUGUAUUUCACUUAAAAAUUCACGGAGAUAUUAAUGUUUAAAAUCGGGAGCAUAUUUCUGGAUGUGUCUGAAAUAUGCAAAAAACGGCGUAUCAAAUAUUAAUCAAGAUUUGCACGACUGAAACAUGCACUAUUACCAGUAAAUAAAUGACACUUGACAAAUUGUUUAUUAUGAAACAGAGUAUUAUUAUCUACAAAAUACAAGCAAGAUUUAUUCGUCCGAAAUCCGUGUGUGUUCCUAGCACGAAUACGUUUCCUUAUUUCAAGAGACCACUGCAUCGCGAAGGAUUGUCAUGGAUCGUUCGUAUAGUUCUGAAUUAGGGCAUGCUGUCACAAUCGAAUUGUGAAGCUCUUCUAACUUUUGCAACGUUCUGAAAUCUUGUUAAGAACACUUAAACUCUUUUGCCUUUUCUUAAUCUUUUUAAGUUCAGAAUAAACUGAGAAUGAAACACAAUCAAACCAUACAACUCGAUAAGACAUAACAAGCAUGCAACUCCCCAGAGACAUCCAACAUUUUUGGAACAAAAUGUAACAAAAUAGUAGCGUUGAUACUGUGAUGUGUAUUUGCAAAAACCAAUAUUAUUUCCUUCAUUGCAGAAUAAUAUUCAUCCUGCUCUAACCGAGAAAUAAUUAACUCUGUUUUGAAUCCAUGAAAAACAUAAAAAAUUAGGCUAUUUAAGAAAUUUUAAACCUUAUAAGUAUUUUGUACCUUAUAAGUUUGUAAAGACCUAUUAAGUACUUGCAUAAUUUCGUACGUUCAUAUUUCAGGAAACAAUGAGCUAAGACUUAUAUGUAAGAUGUCUAAAUCUAUGCCAUAUCCCUUACAAACCCUAACGACAAUUCGCUGAAAUACAAGUUAGCUUGAUAUGUCAUCAAGCAAACAAACGCUGAAGUUAAUAUUUGAUAUGCCGAUUUUCGCUAAUUUUAGACACAUUCAAAAAUAUGCUCCCGAUUUUGAACAUUAAUAUCUCCGUGAAUUGUUAAGUGAAAUACAACUGUAAUAUAUCAAAAUCUAAGUUAGUCCUUCCUCUAUUUAAUGCAAGUUAUUUCUGUUUGAUAGCUUUACUUGUUUAGAAGUUAUUACAAGUCAAACCGGAGUACUUUUUUUUGGGACACCCGGUACAUUGAGGUACACGUGGAUACAAACCAUUAAAAUCCAAAUAACCAUAAUGGAAGAUACAAAUCAAUUUAUGGUAUAUAUAUUCUCUAAUUGAUUGUCUAAAGAAAAAUUACUAAUCACAAAGCUUUCGGAAGUUGAAGCAGAAUAUUUUACUUAAAUAUUCAAUUUCCUUACCUACAUGAUUUAGCUACCUAUAUUAUUCAGGGGCUGGGGUGGUGGCCGGCAAAUAUUCAUUUCUAUUUUGCUUCACGUAUUCAUAUUCCUACUACGAAUAUUCAUAUUCUUACCUGAAAUAUUCAUAUUUUUGCAACAAAUAUUCAUAUUCAAACUAGUUUAGAACUCAGUAUUUAAUAUUCCGUUUCCACCCUCGAAAAUUUGUUUGCAUUGCUUUGUGCCACCCCAAAGAUUAAUAAAAAUACCAAAACAACUUAUCAAAAUGAUACGAAUAAAGGUAGAGUACGCAGUUUGUACCAAAAUUGGAAAUCCAGCUAAGGUCAAUAUAUAUUAUUCCUGAUGGUUUAUUUCCAAUCACUCACCGUGUCAGACAAUCUAAAAUUCUGUUAUAUAUAAUAGCUUUCAAAAACACCAGUAUUAAUAGUCUUGAUUAUUACAGAGACUGUAAUGUUCAAGCACAGUUAUCCCAGACAGGCCAGACUACACUUUUGGAGGAACGAUCUACCAAAGUUUAGGCACUUUUCCUAUACAAUAUAAGCUUUAAAUAACUUUAAAACAUGUUUUGAUCAUCUAGGGUCCUCAUGGUCUAAUGGGUAAACCUGGAGCUCCUGGUCCUGAUGGAAAGGAGGUAAAUUUGGAAUUAUUCUUACAAUUCUAACACCGGCGAUCGAAGCAUCCAGAAACUGGUAUGGCAUAUUGAUUAAUUGAUUUUUAUUCAUGAGACCCAUUCAGAAGAAAACGCGUUUUUGGGCUCUCAUAAUCAAAUUUAUAUGAUUGAAUUAGUGAUCAUGUUAAAAAUACAUAGUUUAACUUGCAAUUCUUGCAUUUCACUAAAAUACUGCAUGUCAUUUAUUUCUAUUUAGGGCAAUUCUGGUUCAGAUGGUAAUCCUGGACGUCGUGGUGGUCGUGGAUCUGCGGUAAUGUAUUUAAUGUUUAUUUAGGUUCGAUACCACGUUAUGCAUUCAUUUAUCCACCUUCUAGAGAUCGACUUUAUUUAACUAAUUUGGUUUUCAUAUUCUAAUGCUACAAUGUUCAUACUGCAUAGAUAUUUAUUCGAAUAAAAUUACAUUUUAUUUUACUUUCGCUGCGAGGACUCCUUUUCCUCUUCUUGCAGAUUUUCCUUUUCAAGUUAUUAAAUUUUUUAGGGCGAAACUGGAGAUAGGGGCGAGCAAGGCCGACGUGGUAUGAUAGGACACACGGUAUGUUGCAUAUAAUUUGUUACACAUAACUGCUUUAUACCAAGUGGAUGACGGGGAGAAACAUCCCUCUUACUUUUUGGAAUGGAUUUUCGCUCUUUAUUUGUUCAUUUUACCUUCUCCACAGUAAAUAAAAAUCAAGAAUAAAUUUCAUAAAAAGAUACUAUGAACAGUACUUAUAAAUAUAAAUAGCACGUCUUCAAACAAUGUUGUUUUCCCGUGAUGAUAAUUAUAGUUGCAUAAAACAAUUCUUUUCAAAUAUUUAAGCAGUCUAAAGUCAUUGUUUUAAUAGAUUUAAUUUGACCUAGUUUAUGUCUAUAAUUAGAUUAGAACAAUACUGGUCUGUAACAAGACUAAAGAUCGUUGGCAGUAAAUCUCUUUAAUCUUCUGAUCUAAACAAAUCGUGACUUACUGAUAUAAACAAAUGUAAGUAAUUUUCAUAUUUUUACGUUCUGAUUCCAGGGAUAUACCGGCAACGUUGGAAGAAGAGGUGUCACAGGAGAAAAAGGUGACAAGGUCAGAAUUAACAGGCAAUAUAUAGGCCUACUUCAUAUACUAUUUCAAGAAAUUAUACAAUUCAUGUUCAUGUUAAGAAGCAAUCUUUACAGCGCUUCUGGACAGCAUAAACGUAUAUUCAGAAAGCGUUUUGAGCAGCAGCACAAUAACGAUAUAAAAAAUGAGGUAGGGACAUACGUUGCUUUUGAUUGACAUCACAAAAAAAAUUAGAUGAAAACAAGAAAAGGCCAGAUGAUAGCAAAACAUCCUUUUUGACCAAGGGAAAUAGAUAUACUCACAAAAUGAACCUUGCAAAUACAACGUUUCCAUGAACCUAGAAAUAAAGUACGACAAAUUGGACCUAUUGCAGGUUAAUGGGUUAAACAUUGUUCUCAAAGUUCAUUGACAACCACAAAUACAAUUUUCUUACAGGGUGUGGCAGGACUCGUUGGAAAACGUGGUGUAAGAGGAACUAAAGUAAGGGUUUUAUUUUGGGUUUUGUUUUGUAAUUUCAACUAAGUUAAUCUAACUGAAUAAAUACACUGAUACGCGAGGUAUAGGAGGACAGUUGACUAUUUUGCCUUUUCAUACAUUUUUAUACCAUAUGGAACGCAAGCUAAUCGGUGAGUAGGAAACUAUUUAAUGUUUUAGAAUACUAUGUAUGGAUGCUGAAUGCGCUACCCUUGUUUAGAAUGAUUAGGGCUGAUUUUAAAAUGUAAUACCUACUGUAGCUAUAUAAACUGAUUAAAAUCUUUGGUAUGAUUUAUAUUUCAAAUUUCUAUAGGGGAGCCUUGGUAGACAAGGAACUGCUGGUUUAACUGGGGAAAGAGGUCCAACUGGAUCAACGGGAGGACGAGGGGAUCAAGGUCAAACUGGGCCAGAGGUUUGAAUUCAAAAAACUUGCUUAAAGAUGUUGACGUGUUGUGACUACAAAAUUAAUAUCGUACAGUAUAACUUGGCGUUUUCCACAAUUGCAAAAACAAAACGAUAAAUUGAUCUAGUUGUGCAUAGGGAAAAAUGAAAUAGCUCAUGCAUUCAAAAUUACUUUGGCAAAGCGUGGCACAAUACAGUGGUUUACAUGCGUAACAUAUAUCACUCAUAAUUCUUGUAAAGUUGUAAAUUUGAGAAACUAUAGAUGUUUUAUAAAUAAUGUCGAAUUUAUGCAAAUAGAAAAAUUGAAUCCAAGUGGUAUGGCUUCAAUAUUCAAUCUAUAACAGAAAAAAACACGUUGAAAUCUGUUCUAGGGUUUAGUUGGUAAAAGUGGAACCGAUGGACACCCUGGAUCUUUUGGAGUAAAAGGUUUCGCGGGUCCGUCAGGUAAUGUUGGUGAACUAGGAAUAUCUGGAGAGACUGGCGACGAGGGUGAGAGAGGUCCCCAAGGAGAAGCUGGACAAGAUGGUCGUACUGGAGAACCGGGGCCUCCUGGCAAAAAAGGAGAACAGGUAGCAACAUUCAAGGAUGCAUUUACUGGGGGUGCAUUGGGGGAGGGUGCACACUCCCUUGCUGGCAAAGAAGGGUGCAAGGGGUGCUAUUUUCCUUCUCAAAUCCAUUUUUGAUUUGGAAAGGCAAUAUUCUAGCACCCUUAAUUAACACCAGCUAGCCCCCUGGGCCCACCCUCCAUUAUUAUGCACUUGGAUAACGGUUGCUCCAUGACAAAGCUUGAUGAGCACCCCUCCCCACUCAGAUUUGGCUUGAUCCAUCCCUGACAACAUUAAUACUAAAUGCCAUGUUACACAUUGCAAGACAAGUUUUGUGAACCAUUGCGCAGUAUAACAUUACUUCAAAUUACCUAAAUUAUUGGAGACAUGUUGCGUUGAGCAUUGAACAAAGUAGAAGUGUUAUGUCUCGUCAUUGCAAGAUACAUUUCAUGAAAACCGUGUAUGAUAUAGCGUUUCGAGAAAUAUAAUUUAAUUUAUUUCUGUGUAACAAGGAUAUUUUUCUGUUACUGUACUAUGAGAAUCGAUUACUUAAGUAACUUGCGUUUUUUUCAGGGUGAUUCUGGUAAUAGUGGUACAAUUGGAGGCAUUUCAGCGCCAGGUGAUGAUGUAAGUUAAAAUAAUAUUAGUCGUGCACAAUUGAAUUUCUCGAAAAACAGCCAAAGUCAUAGUCGUCACCGAAAAGUAGAAAACUGAUAUGUUGCAUUUAGGAUUCGAAACAUUGGAGAGACGAUUAUUAUGUUUCAGCCUAUAACUAUAUUAACUAUGCUAUAAAUAAUGAAGUCACUAUAAGCCUCAAAUGGUCAAAAGGAACUGGACGGGUGUAAUAACCUGAUAAUUAAUACUUUUCUGUAGGGAACACCUGGUAUACCUGGUAACCCAGGACCUGCUGGACCAAAGGUGAGUAUAUGCAUAAUGCGACUCGAGGCAUGAGUAAAUUAGGUAAACUGUUGCUGAAACGAUAUUAAAAUUUGGAGGUUUCCACAAAUGUUUUCCCGUUUGCCAAUCUUUUGAAAAAUUGAUGCGGUGAGAAACUGUUUUCCAACAAAUACUGGAAAAUAGAUAGUUUUCCAUACAAGUAUGAUUUUUGCUGCAGAAACAGUGUUUCCAUCGAUCGUGAUAAACGUUUUAUUUUUUUAGCAAUAUAAUAUUGCCAAAUAAACACGCGCUGUUGUAAAAUAAAUAAAAUGUUGUAAAAUAUUGUUGUAAAAUAUUACAAAAUAAAUAUUGAAAUAAUUUCAACAUUUAUUUUUGUGUACCUAGGGUGAACCCGGUGAAUAUGGUCCGAAAGGAGAACGUGGAGAUACCGGACCUACCGUAAAUACUUUAUUAUCUAUGAACAACAGUAUAGUCAGUUCCGUAAAAUUACAGCGUUUUGAUGUCAUUAUACGUACGCGUUUUUAAACCAUAUGCUUUAAGAUAACUUUGAAAAGGUUGAAGAUAACUAAAAAGACAAUUAAAGAGUCACUUUUUCUAGGGUGAUCCUGGUAUAAACGGAUUUCCAGGUGAACAGGGAAACGAAGGCUCACGAGUAAGUUCAUUGAAUAACUUCCGAUAGUAAUAAAAGGAUGUAGUUAUACCUAAUUACCAUACUGGUCAACUGCAGUAUAUGAUAAAUACACAUUUUUUAUUAUGAGUUCAGCUUUCGUUUUAUCACCUCAGAACACGAUGUUGUAAGUACAGUCAAAGCGAAACUUACAACAAAUUUCUUUUUAUCAAACAGUAUCUAUAUUUGGUUUUAUUUUAUCAUAACGUUUGUAUAAUUACGUUCAUGACUCAUUCAAUUGACAUUGUUGAACCACUGAAGUUAGAAAAAUCAAUUAAUUUCCCCAUGUAGGGAAAACAAGGAGCACCUGGAGUCCAAGGUUCAGUUGGAAAAGAUGGUGUGAAGGUAAAUUUAUGGUCAUAUAACGGAGACAUACAGUAGCAUGAAAGCUUAUAGAAAUAAAGUUGGAGGCAGCUGAACUACAAUUCCAUUUAUUUCCUCAUCUGAUAAUAAUAAACCUUUAGCUUGAAAUUGCAAGAUCAUCUUGUUUUAAAGUACAGUAUAGGUUUAUAAAAUAUGAAUUAUCCCAUUGCAUAUAGGAAAUUAUGUUUUUUUUUUUAAAAUUCAUUAUAUAGUAUAGUAAUAUAUUAAUAUUUAAUUUAUAUUACCGGGUGAGGAAAAAACAGUACGACUGUUUGAUUUACUAUGACUUAAAAAGUAAAAGAGCUAUUCCACUUAAAUAAGUCGCAGUAUUAUCAACGAUGUUUAACUUAAAUUUUGAUAUAUGUCUUGUAGCUUUUCAUGCAAUAUUGACUGAGAUAACUGUGUUUAAACUUAAGCAAACCAUUUUUGGAACCGCCGAGAAUUAGCUAAAAAGGCCCUAUUAAAACCAAUUAAAUAACCAUUACCAUUUUCUCGCGAUUAUUGUUUCAAUUAGUGGGUUGGUUUGACGAGGUCAGUUGUUCUUGGCACACACUUUGUUGAAAGAAAUUUAGACACGAGAGAGUAUCUCCGAAUCAUACGUUACAACGUUGUACAGAGAGACUUUCGUGUUCACAACAUCGAUAGGAAUGACAUGUGCAUGGUGGCAGCAAGAUGAAGCUCUUUCUCAUAUCAGCAAUGCAAUACCUUCGAAAACAAUUCCCUGGUUGAGUUAUGAGUAAAGGUGACGACUGGCCUUUUCCAUCGCUCCCCUGAUCUAACAGUAGGCUAUGCGAUUUUUUUCUUUGGGACUAUUUGAAACAUGAAAUCUGGAAUGUGCCACAUGAUCAGCAACCACACAAUUUUCGUAUACAUUAAUAUUUAAUAAGCCAUUUUCAGCUAAUUUCGUCAGUCCCAAAAAUGUUUACUCCUGUUUAAAUGCAUGUAUCUUUGUCAAUAUGGCAUCGAAAUGUGGCAUAUAUCAAAAUUUAAACUGGGUAUCGCUGAAUGCCGCCACUAAACUUGUUUUAGUGUCAUUGCUCUUUUAGUUCUGCUUUUGCAGCAAUUCAAACAUGUCGUACUUUUUUUUUGUCCCACCCGGUAUAUUAUUGUUAUAUUUAUUUAUUUAUAUGAUUAUGUUAUAUCAAAAAUUGGGAAAAAUUGAUGACUAAUACGAUGAUGUUAGAUAAUAACUGUCAUUUUACUAUAUUUAUACAUAUUGUAAUAAAACCAUGGAAUUAUUAUUUAUUCUUUAAGUCAAGGUCAAAAUACCAAAUUCCAGCACACUCCUUGUAGUUUCGUGUUUAUAACAGUGCAGAAACAAGUACAAUUGGAAACGCACUGAAACUGAUGUCCCGCACUUUUUGGACUCGACUUCUCACUCCAUAUAUAUGAAGCUCACUGACCAUACCAUACUAUAUUUCCGUACUUUUUAUGGUAUUUAGAACUCUCUGACAUUUCGUGAACCAAACCACACUGACAGUAAUACAAUAUACAUAAUAUAUAUGGUAUUUUCUGCAUAAUAAUCAUUAUCUACAUCAGUAUAUUGUUUUUAGGGUCCCGCUGGUGAGCGAGGAAACUUUGGGCCAGAUGGAGUUUCUGGGCCAGUGGUAAGAUAACCAACAACACUAUACUAAAAUUCAGAAGAGUGUAUAAAUGUACAAUCUCAUGGUUUCCAUACUCCUAGGGUGUCGAGGGAGACAGGGGAAGCCCUGGAGAAGAAGGAGAAUCUGGAGAAGCUGUAAGUUAUAGUGAAAUCAUGCACUAUUAAUAUAUAUUAUACCUCAAAUUCAAAGUGCCCAAUCAGAAAACUAUGUUUGUGCCACGUAAGCAUGAAAUUUAUCAUUGAAUCACGCCUUCCAAUCUCUUCCGUUUUUCCACAUCACCGGGUUAUUUAUUUAAUUAUUUAUUUAAUGAUUUCCCGUUUCCCAGGGAGAAGACGGUUAUGCAGGAGCGAACGGAAAACGUGGACAAGAAGUACGUAUACACAUUAGAUAGAGGACACGUCUCUCUAAAUACUAUCGAAGUGUACACAAAUGUAACAACUAGACAAAACAAUUCGACGUCAUGUGCGUCUUCUUUUCUUUCGGCAGGGCCCUAAUGGUCGACAAGGAGCAACAGGUCCUGAUGGAAACCCAGGAGAAAGUGUAAGUAGACGAGAAAGAUGUUAUAUAUCUGGUCUUUUGCAGAAAUUUAAUUUUAGCAUUUGAUCGUUUUCCUUUAUAAAAGGCAACGGAACUACGGUUAAUGUUGAUAGUGGCAUAGCAGUUUGCAUGGCAUGCAAACUGCUAUAUGCCACUAUCAACAUUAACCGUAGUUCCUGAUGGUGACUGUCGCGGAGAAAAUUUAUUACAAUCUUUUAUGAGUUUUAUCCCAAUAAUAUGAAUUGAUAACAUUGUUACAUGCAUAUAUACUGUUUGCAACAUUAUUACUAUUGUUACUAUUAAUACUAAAUACUCAUUAGCUGCUCCAUGCAUUUAUACUGUUACAAAAUUCAGUAUAGACAAUCAUCACAAUAGAAUUUAGGAGUAGCUAGUUUUUGUACAUAUAAAAUGAUAUUGAAUCUAACUUUUUUUUAAAUAAGGGUAAAACUGGUGACCAAGGCUUCGAAGGCGACAGUGGCGAACCGGUUAGUUUUUGGACAUUUACACAAAGUCUAAUAAAUGAUUUUCAAUAAAGUAAUGAUGAUAAUUGCAAGUUAUUGACAGUUGUCGAAAUGAUAUAACCAUGAUGUUUUAUUGGCAUAUAUAGGGCGAACAAGGUCUUGCUGGUAUUCGAGGAGAGUUUGGCGCCAAAGGAAACCAGGUAAUAGAACAUUUUGAUUUGAAAAACUGCAUGUAUAGUACUUGAAAAUGUAACAUAUACCGUAAAUCUACUAACUAGCACCCCUCCCUAAUAUCGCCAAUAUUUUAAAUGGAAAAGUUUAUUAAGCCUACAGCUCCUCUCUCUCUCUCUGACAUGUGUAUAUAAUUGUGCUUAAUACGCACCAACCUCGCAUGCCAGGCUUUCUACUUCCGCUUCCCUCCCAAACACGCUCUGCAUGCUGGAGCGUGGGGAGGGAAGCGGAAGUAGAGAGCCUGGCUGCUCGUCUUUCUUUUUAAGCCCCCUCUUUAUCAAGCACACCCUCUCUCUUAUUAAGCGCAUUAGUAAAAAGGCUCUAAAAACUAAAUAAAUAUAAUAUAUAUUGAAUGAUGAAAUACUGUGUAUAGGGUAAGGAUGGAGACGAUGGAAUAGCUGGAGAGCAAGGACCACCAGGGCCUGCGGUAAGUUAUUAGUAUAGAUAGAUAAUAAUAAUUAAUACAUUAUCGAGUGCAAAAGUACGAGUGCGGAGGUCUCAUUCAAAUCCUAUCAACAUUGCAUGAGUCCGCGGACUCAUUUGAAGACUUUCGAAAAAAGUUUAAUAAGAUGAAGCGAAUUCGUUCAUCAAGAAUAUUUAUAUGUGUUUAGAAAUCGUCAUAAAAAUUCGUCCGUCGUUAAUUAAAGCUCGAAGUUUAUAGUAUUUAUUUUUGUUUUCCAUAACUGUAGUUCUCAUAAGAUAACAGGAUUUUUAGUAUACAUGAGGAUGCAAUAAACUUAAGUUUGUUCUGUUUAACUUAGCUUGCCGCUUUACAACUGUUUUAAUACUCGUUGCUUUAUAUAUACACAUCAUACCAAUAUCGUAGUACAAUCCUUCUGAAAUUUGUACUGUAAAUACGGGCAUUCGAACCAGUAAUAUGUAUCCAUACAAACUAUUGCAUUUACUUUGUCACAUAUACAUAAUAUUUUAUGUAGGGUAACCCUGGACCAGAUGGAGAGAAUGGAGGACAGGGAUACAUCGGCCCAGAGGUAUAACUAUAUAGGCUAUAUAGUAUAUUGCCUAAAGUCAGGGACGCCGGAACGAUGUGAAAGCAAGGGGGGCAGAUUUUCGUGAAAGGGCACUUUUGAAUUGAUAUAUACUAAGAGAUGUUUGCAAAACAUCGGGAGUUGAACUUCACCUAAUCAUGUUUUCUAUUUAUUGGAUGAUAGGGGUGUGAGGGGGUUCUCUGUCAGGCGAUUGUGCUAUUCUUGAAGCUCGAUGACUGCAUUUCUUGCGUUUUCUGAAGCAAAUUCGUAAAAGAAUUACACUAACAUUUCUGACAAUUCGCCAUUUCGCCAAGGCAAUCCUUUGCCCCCCUUGCCCCUCCUGGUAAAGGGCAACGGGAGCGGCUGCCCCUCCUGCCCCCCCCCCCAGUUCCGGCGUCCCUGCCUAAAGUAUAUUGUAUCACUUAUAAUCAUUCUAUGGCAUGGAGCAAUGCUUAUAAUUUAUAACAAUCCAUAAAUGCGCUAAUUGUCUCGACAACUAAUAGAGUUUACUGAUCAUUCAAUUUUGCCCAAAUGGCCUUGUUUACAUUUUUGCCUGUUUUAGCAUGAAAGUUAUUUCCUGACGUUUCAUGCACGAAUAUAUUUCUCUUUGAUCUUGAUCCUAAUCACAAGCCUAUUUUUAACCAUAAUGUGUACGAAACGAGGAAAUAACCGCAUGAAAACGAGGCAGUUGGAACUAUUAAAAGUGCAAUAAACAGUCUAUUCAUUGUUUCAGACUUCAUAUACAGUUGGUUAGCGUAUUGCAUGUAAUUCUGCAAGCGCUAAAUAAUACUUUUAUAUUAAUCUUCCUUAAUUUUAAUGUCAACAUUUUUAAUGCAUAUACACUUAUUUGCUCUCUAAAUAUGUAAUUCAUGUUCCGGUUUGCUGUUUCGUAUAGGGUGAACAAGGUGAACGAGGGGUAGAAGGUGACGCUGGAAAUCCUGGGCAAGACGUAAGUUAACCAUUUUGCCAAAAAAUUACUAUAUAUGAUAGUGUUUUCUGUAUUGAUUCAAUACCAUUCUGUACUUUGUUGCAUGAAAUGUUUAUCAUAGUGUCCACGAUUGUACUUUAAUUACCGUGUCACAGUAUGUUAUUUACAGUACGUUGUUACUUUCGAAUUCUCAUUUACAAGGGCCAAGAUGGUGAGCGGGGAAACCCAGGAAAAGAUGGCGAGGUCGGAGAUAAGGUAAGAUAGAGAGUUCUUUUCUCUUUAAAAUUAUGAAGUCAGCUAAACAAACCAGGUGCAAGCUCGUUUGGUUUGUUGCCGGUUUCUCUACUGCCAUCUUCUUAAUACAAAAGUAAAAAUUUAAUCUAUCCGACUUAAUUUCUGCCAGAAUGCAUUUUUUAAAGCCAAAUCAUGCAUUGAAACUAAAUCUUAAACAUUGGAUUUUCAAUCGAUUGUUUACUUUUGCAGUCUAUUAUUGAAAAGCAUUCUUGACUAUUGAUGAGAGGAAAGGCUGAAAGAAAGGAACCUUCAGUCGUUUGAAUCAAACGAUGAAACAAAAUACAGGAAUGCCAUACAUUAGACACUAGUUUAUAUAGCUCUCAAGGAAAGUUUGCAAAAUGCCAAAAUCACAUACAUACAUACACUUGCAAACAAAUACUUUUUGCCUUUUGAGGCAGCUAUAUCUCUCUUGCUAUUGUAUAACUUUCAGCUCAUUAUCUUUCUGUAUAGGGUAUGGUUGGCGAUAUAGGUGAAGAAGGUCCUGUUGGCGAAACGGUAUAUAACACUUGAACGUGCACAGAUGUUUGAAUUGUCGUUUUUGACUUCGACUCGUUAAUAUGAAACGGAAACAGGAUUUCUAAUAUAUAUGGUACAUGAGAAAAGACCAUAAAUGAAAUGUUUUUAUAUCUUGCAGGGUCCCAAAGGAGAAGGUGGUACAUCUGGUCCUGAUGGAGACCAGGUAUUUUUGGCGUCACAUAUAAUUAUCUUUAAAUAACAUAAUGGAGUAAAGAGUCGAGAAUGUACAGUUGGAAUGGUUCUAAAAGUAUUAAUUAAGCAUGACAACGCGCAUUAUUAUAUAUUAUAUUCUAUAAUUAGGAGUGGAUUGUUACCAUUAUUUUCUUAAUGUACCACUGAAAACUACUGUAUGAAAACCACCUUUUUUCUUAAUUAUAUAUAGCAAGUGUAUAGUAUUUAUGUUUGUAUUGAAUAUUGUAUGUUUUGAAAAACUCUCAAGAAACUUUAAUCAUAUUAUAGGGUCAAAAAGGAAUGAAAGGAAGCUCUGGUGAUUCAGGAGUAGAUGGUGUAGCAGUAAGUCUGACUCAUUGUUUCAAUUAUAUACAAUGUAAUAUCGUUGGAGGUAAAUUGACUUGUGACGACGGUGAUUAUUAAAAAAAUAUCUGACGACAUCCCUACACAAGUACGAAACCAAAUGGCCAAUAAUCAUCGUCGAUGCAUUGUGUAUUGAUAUAAAUUCAAUUAAAAUUUUCGAUGAGUAUAAAAGACCAUGUUAUCAAUUUAUCAAAGUAUUAAUAUACAUGCAAUCUAAAACCAACAACUAUUUAUCUGUUUUAAAAGGGUAUAGCUGGUCCUGCAGGCGCCGACGGUAAUUCAGGAGAUGCUGGGUCACAAGUAAGUUAUUAUUUUUGCAAAAAUGACAAUUUCACGAAAAUGUAUAGUCAGACUUAAACCAAAAAACCCUGAAUACCAACUUCACUCCGUAUUUUUGCAGGGAAGUCAAGGUGAUCAGGGUAGACCUGGACGACCUGGAGCAAAUGGAAGAACUGUGAGUAAAACCGAGCAUGAUUAUAUACUGGUGUUUUGCGUCUCACAACGUCAGAAAUAUGUCGAAACAAGUAGUGAGUGCAUGUCAUAGAAAUAGCCCUAUUCACAUUAGAGACGGACAAGUCGUCUAGACGAACAAAUCGUCUCUCAAAAAUCGUCUUCACAGACGGACAAGUAGUCGAACAAAUUCAGACGACUUGUUCGUCUAAAAUUCUGUACGACACGUUUUCACAUCUGAUGAUUUGUCGAGAGACGACUUGUCCGUCUUCUAAUGUGAAAACGGCUAAAAUUAGACCUAGAAUGUGUGCUUGGUUACGUGACCGGUGUCCAAAUUGAAAACAAAAAUCUAUUGAAAAAUUUCUAUGGUGCAUGUCAUUGAGAACAGCGGGAUUUUAGAAACAAUGAAAAGACAAUGGAACAUUCCAUUCACUAGCUGAAUCGUGGCUGGAUUGCAUGCACUGAUGACUGUAAUGUAUGCUAUGUUAUGUUUAUUAUUUGCAAAAUGCCCAUUGUUCCAAUGCUUAUCACAUCACGAUUUUCUGUUCAUUUGAGGCUAUAAAUAUCAUUGUGUAUUUAUUCUUUUGUGUGAUUCUUGUGCGUUAUUGGUUAUUAUUAUUGUGUGUUACUAUGAGUCAAUGGAUGAGAGUAAGAAAAGUCUAUCAACACAGAAAUAAUUUGUAUAUGCUGCAUUAUAUCGGCUCAUGGUUGAACGGCUCCUUAUAGUUUCUCCAUAAUUUGUAGACGUUUGAGCUUAAUACGUAAAGUAAUAUCAGGGUUUACUUGUAUUCUUCAGAUGAGUGUGUCUUUGAUCCAUGUCUUGUCUAAUUUUAGGGAGACCGUGGAUCUAAAGGCGAAAGAGGAAAGCCUGGCAAAAUUGGAAGAAAUGUAGGGAAACUGUAUACAGUAUCAUUUAUUAAAAAAAUGAUUGUAAAAUACAUUUGAUUGGAAAAUGCCAAAUCAAAAUGCAUUAAUGCAAUGGUCAUUAUUAUAUAAAUGCUCAUCCAAGGAUUUUGAGUGGAAAAUGUACCUAAUGGACUCUAUUCUGUGAUUUGUUUGUUAUUUUAUUUUAUUUGUUACUUGCUUAACUUCAAUAUUCAUUGUGAAAAUGUGAAAUGAUCAAAAUAUUAGGGAUCCGUAUAUCCGGUAAUAUUUGCUCAGAGAACGUCUGACCCAUAAUAAGGAAAACUGUUUGGUAUCAAAUUUGCUACUCUUAAAAAAUAGCAUUCCAUAUUUAGUGGUUGUUUACCAUUUAUAUAGGAAUCGCCGGUAGUUUCAAAUAAAAAGUAAAUGAAAUACAUAUAGCCUGUGUUGAUUUCCAACCCCAAAAUUGCCUGAAAAUAUGGUUUGCUUGAAAGGAUUGAUUUUUUCGGUUAGGACGUUUCAUUCGCUCAACUUGUUCCAUUUACACUGUUCACAUGUUUUCUUACCAUUUUCAGGCUGUUUGUGAUAUUUUAUUGCGGCCAGCUGUAUUUAUCGCUACAUUUCAUAUCUAUAUUCAUAACUUGUAUAAUUGUGACAUAUAUAGGGAGAACAAGGAGCGAUUGGAGAAGCUGGUGGAGCAGGACAAACCGGAAGACGUGUAAGUACAUGUGUGUUCAAAGCACUGAGCUUUACUGUAUUACUGGAGGAGGUCCUCCAGUUAUUUUACAAAUUCAGUGGUUCAAAGUGACAAUGAUGUACAUUAGUCAUUUGAAAGAACGUUCAAAAUAAUGCAAUAUUUUCCUAUUGCAUCAUCAAAGUCAAAACACAGUAUUAUACCUACUCAAUGAGUUCAAAUGACGGAUUCAGGCUCGCCACUUCCUAUAUGCAUGAACGAGCUCUGUGACUGGUUCAUUAUGACAAUAGAAGACAAUAAAUUUAUAGAAGUCGUCUUUCUAGAGAACAAGUUAGAAACUCUGCUCACUUUUGUUUCAGAAAGCCAAUCACAACACAUGAUAUCAUUCUAGGUAGAUAUUUACUGCGAAUUCACUGUUAGCCCAUGACAAAUAGAUAAUUCUUCUAAUAUAAAUCAAUAAUACUGUCGUGUAAUUAUUAUAAUUAUAGGGUAUCCAAGGUGAUCAAGGUUCUGCUGGAGAACGUGGAAGACCUGGACCUAGCGUAAGUAUCUGUUACCUGAAUGAUGAUAUCAAAUUAGUUUUGUUAGAUUGAAAUAUGUUAUUACAUCUAUUGCGCAAAUCGUAAAUUUGCAUUGCAUGACCUGUUGCUAUGGCUACCUUCGCCAUUGGAAUCUAUUAUAUUUAUAUAUAGUAUAGUAUGUAUAUACAUUACCGACUACCGUCCCCAUAUUUAUAUAAUUCGGAAAUAUCUACAAUAAGUCUCAUUUGAUAACUAUAAUUUUUCAAAUAGUAUAAUAUAACGGAUUUCAAAAUUUGUCAAUUAUAGGGUGCAAGUGGGCAGCCUGGUCCAACUGGACAACAAGGAGCCGUGGGUAGAGCAGUAAGUUUCCAAUUUUUAAAGUUAAAAAUAGAUAUUACAUAUACUAUGCCAGUUUAUGAAAGACAACUGACAGCUGAUUGUAUUGUCAAAUUACAGGGUGUGCAGGGUAAUAUAGGUCAAAUUGGAGUAACAGGAGACAAAGGACCUACGGUAAAACAUUAAACAUUUAGUUAAUAUUAUGAUUACCGGUGCUCUUAUUAUAUCCUUAUAAACUUUUAUUGACAUUGGUCUCUCUCCUUCGUUGAGCUUUCUGCUGACCAUAAGCGAAACAUUUGCGGAGGAGAGAGAAGGAAUGUUAUAUAUACAGUAGCUACUGAUCAGUUUUGGAUGGGCAUAAAAUUGAUGAAACACUUCAAAAAUUUAAGCUAUUGAAAAAAAAUACUCGCGGCCAAAUACUCAUGUGCGUUUAAAACAGUACAGUAUACUAACACGAAGUAUGACAGGGUCGGGAACCCAACGGCAAAGUGAGUGUAAGCAUGCAUUUGUUCCUGGUUGUUAACAAUAUUGUUCAGCAUUGUUCAGGUGAACAAUUCUGAACAAUAUUGUUAACAACCAUGCAGGAACAAUAUGGGCAACAAAAUAUUGUUCAGGCCUGUUUUAAUUUCAUCAACAUUGUUACAGGCUAGGCGUUUUUUCCUGUGUAGACAUUCCGACUAGACCCUUUAGAACCGCAAGGAUGUAUUACGUCAGAUUUUGACAAGACUAAGAACAAACACACAAUAUGUUAAUGUGUCAAAUCAAUUUUAUCUAAUAAUAUUUAAUGUAUACAAAUAUUUAAAUUGAAAUUAAUAAUUUUGAUUUAGGGUGAGGUUGGAUCUCCUGGCGCGCAAGGAGACGCUGGCGAAAGAGGAGAAAAGGUGAGACUUCAACUGUUCAAGUACAGCCAUAGACUAUACACAACCGAGCAUGCAGAGUGUUUAAAGGUUUUUCUACUUAAAUUGCGAUUUUUAGAUUUUAAGCAGUUGACGUUUUUUAAUAGGGUCGUGAAGGUUCCCGUGGAGAGAAAGGUUCUCGAGGUGCAGUAGGAAACCAGGUACAGUACAACUUUACUUGCUGCGCAUUAUGCCGUCUUGCAUGUACAGCAGUGACUAAUAAAGCUCCUCCACUCCUGUCUGUCUUGAUUCAACUUUCUUGGUACACCUUGUCUGGGUCACACUCGCUAGCUCUUUCUUAACAAUUCGACACCAGGUGCUCUCUUCUUUUCUUUUCUUUUCUGCCUACAGUCCAAUGACCUGUUGCAGUCUAUUUUCUCAGCACAUGCCCACAUUGGCCACAAAAUUCUUGAAAUUUGUGUGAGAAGAUCUUGGGACAUGAAGUUACGAGCAAAAUUAGAAAAAACGUUUAAAUUUUAGAUUAUAUCCAAAAGAAAGACGUUUAAAUUUUAGAUUAUAUUCUCGGAAGCUAGUAGACAAUUCUAUCUAAUACAACUUAUCAGUUGCUGUUCAAAUGUUUGGCAACAUACAAAUCAAUAAUUUAUUCACGCUAUUUUAGUUACCGAUCAAUGUUAGUUAUACGUGGCAUAAAUUAUAAAUUCAGUCAGUUUCUUUUCAUUAAUGUUGCAUUGGUCAGUUUCGAAUUCACAUCUAAAUAUCACCUUCGUUUAUUACUAUUGUUAUUAACUCUUGGUUUAUUACUAUUUAUAGGCGUUACCUUUAUUUUAAUCCUAUAGCAACUCAACAUUUGAAAUAGCUUUAAGUACCAUUUGUUUCUGUAGGGAGAUGUUGGUCCCACAGGUGAAACAGGUCCAAAUGGCAUUAAUGGCGAAAAGGUAAAUUUGAUCAAUGCAUAUAUAUAGUAUAUUAUAGUGAACUUCAAACACUCAUUAAUAAUUCAUAAGCUUAUUGGCAAAUCAUGUCAACCAUAAUAUGUUACGUGCAGUGGCUUUAAACCUGAUAAAACACUCCUAAAUAGUAUUCUUUGUAUAAAGAAUACUAAUAAGGCAGUAUCUAUUGUACUCGUGUCCUCAUUAGUAUUCUUUAUAUAAAGAAUACUAAUAAGGCAGUAUAUCUAUUGAAUUUGUAGUCGUGUUUGAAGUACUGUUUAAAACAUUCGCAGUGCGUGUUUUAUCAGAUAUAAAGAUGGUCUGAUAAAACACGCACUGCGAAUGUUUUAAAUUGCUUCAAAAACGAUCGAUCUAGUAUAAGUUCAUUGGCGACUGAAUAGCUUUCAAAAAAUUCGUUGUGUAUGUAAAGAAAAUCAAAGUUAAAGUUUAUGUAAAUCAAGGGAAAUCUCUAUCACAUAUAAAGAUACACGUUUAUGAUUUUUCUUUGUGUUUUUUCCUCAUGAAUUAUUAAUGAGUUUUUGAAGCCGUUUAAUAUACUCGCAGGUCGUGUUUUAUUAGGUCUAAACAAUACAAAAACACUCCUGCUCGUUUAUUAAACAGUACUAAAAGUAUUAUGCAGCUAUGCUAAGGCAAUUGCCUUUAUUCAUAUUCUGACAAGAUUUACAUUAGUUGAAUUAAAUUUUUACACAAGAAUUUUUUACAGACGCUUCGUCUUAGUUAGACAUAUGCAUGCACAGUAUAAGUAAUACAACAUUAAAAUGAGUCUAUAUACUAAUACAUCUAAUUGUUGGUUCUGUAGGGAGGACAAGGGCAGACGGGAAACACUGGAUUAGUUGGUGUUGAUGGUAACAAGGUAUCGUUAUUCUGGGAUAUAUCAUGCAGUGACAUUUUGCCUUGAAGUUUGCAAUAUCAUAUGAACAACACUACUUAAAAAUGUUAUGCAAAAUGUCUUUUUUUUAAUUAUAGGGAGCGAGGGGAGAAAAAGGUGUAGUUGGUGAUAUUGGUUCGGGAGGCAUCCAAGUAAUGUAUAUCUUUAAAUUAUCAACUUCUUGUUUCAUUAAUGCACCCACUGUUCUUCAUUCAGACAUUUACUAUACUUGAAAUGUUUUGUUUUACCAAGCAGUUUAUUGUAAUUAUUUCAGGGUCCACCUGGAUUACCUGGCAUAGGAGGUUCAGCAGGAGAUUUGGGAGCUGCUGUAAGCAUGAAUUUCUCAUUCCUCACCAAUGUUUUUAGCUUCUCAUCUGAGCAGUUUUAUAGAUAUGCUUUAUUCUUUUUCUAUAACCCCUCUUGGCAGAGAUUAAUAAAGAAACGUACAUGUAUACGUCAGAUUUGAUUGUGCACUGAAAUUGGCUUUUGUGAAAUGCGCUAAAGCUCAUUUUCCACUUCGCGAAUUUGUUCGCGCGAAGCGAAAAACAAAUCUUGGCAAUGUGAUUGGUCAGCGAAAAAAUUCAUGCAUAUAGGUUGAAAUAAUUCGCCACGAAAAAGUUGGAUCAGUUCCUAGAUUUUUACUGUUAUACGUUCGCGCGCGAACAAAUUCGCCUAUAGUGGAAAAUGGGCUUAAAAUCCAGUACAGCUUAUAAGCUGAAUCGCGAAAUUCAAUGUCAAUAAGCAACUUACAAUUAACUAUUUACCACUUCACAAGUGAAAUCGGAGACAAUAAAAACCUCUUAUUGCUUUCUAAUUAUGCUCUGUUUGAUAAUUUACGCGUUUGUUUUGAAACAUUGGUUGCUUCAUUGCUGUAUCCCUAGGGUCCUCCUGGAAUCUCCGGGGAAGACGGCGUUAUCGGCAAUCAAGGAGAACCAGUAUGUAUAACAAUAAAUAAAUCAUUUUGAACCAUAUAAUUAUUGUUAAUGCUACAUUGCCACAGCGUAGCCGAAUAUUCCCAUGGAUGACAUAUAUGUACAUAUAUGUACAUAUAUAGGGUGAGACGGUUAAUCGACGCACGCACCUUGUUAGACUUGCUCCAAGUCGACCUCCAGGGACAUCAUAUUACUUUCAAAAAUUCAUUCGCAUAAAUAAGGACGUAUUAAAGGCGAGGGACUUUGCGAAAGUCUAGCACCUUGUAUACAUGCAUUAUAAUUUCAUUCUUCCAUGAGCUACACUUUUUCACCAAUUAUUUAGGUUCACAUUUAUGCAAGAUUUUGCUUUUAUAUUUUUUACUUAUAGCAUAUUAUUGAAAUCAAUUUGCAACGACACACGACGCUACUACUGAUCAUAUUUCACAGUCAACAUAAUUUUCACGAUACCAGUUGUAACUUAGUCUUGGGGACUGUUGUUACAUAAAUUAAAAUGAUAUGACACCAAUAUAAUGGUUCUUAUUACCUAUUUCAAAACUUAAAAUGUGUAAAGAGUACUGAUAUUAACCUUCCAGCUUUGACGCCGACAAAUUCGAAUUGAAGAAUAUUUUAUCCUUCUUGAUAAUUUUACCUCAAAGUUUUCUUUACGUUUAAUAUAUCCAAGUGUAUAUUAUAGCUAACCAUUUUCUUGUCUUUAAUUAGGGAGAUACAGGUGAGAUUGGAGCUACCGGUCCACCAGGUCCCUCAGGAGAACAGGUUAGUUCAUGAUAUCCUUGUCGACAAGUUACUUUAUUAUCAUACAAGUAUGUUCUAAUUUUUGUACAUUUGUACAAGUAUAAACACAUACAUAUUCAUUGUUACACCCACGUCUUCAUUUUUGCACCAGCAAGGUAUUCAUGAACACUGCAUGAACCCACUUGUUAUGAAUAAGUACAUGAACAAGUAUAGCGAAGUAUGUAAAAGUAUGUAUAUUCGUUAACUUUCGACAUUCCUUAUGAUCAUUUGUACAAGAUAUCUUCCAUGACAAACGACCCGUAUCGUGCACUAUCUUGGUUGAUUUUUCAAUGUGCUGGUGAUCACUAUGUUUAUUUGUUAUGGCCAUGGUAUUAGAGGAAACGAACAAUUAACUCAAGAUGACAUUAAUUGCAAAGGAAAAUUUGCAGAUAAGCUACGAAACUUCGUUUCUGUAGCAGAAACAGUGUUUCCUAUCUAUGGGCACACCAGGAAACAUUUGUCAGAUAUACGUUUGCCUGUAAAGUAAACGGCGUAAACUGCUCAACCACAACAAAUAAUGGUUUGCAAUGGCCAGACAUGCAUACAGGUUGAAUGUCACAACAUUCAGUGUAUGUGCAUCUUUUAGGGCGCGAAAGGUGUAGCAGGAUCAGACGGGAAAGAUGGAGCUUCAGGUGACCAGGUAUAUACAUUUCAAUAUUUAUAAGGAAUAAUCUAUCUUGAGAGAAAUCAAUGAUGGUAUUUUUCCACAGCCAAGGGAAUAUUUUUGAUCCCAAGAUGAUUCUGGCUGACUGUAUCAGUUUUGAGCACAAAUUUCACCUGUGGGGCGGAGUUACUCAUUUUCUCGUACACACGGAUGAUAUGCAAGCGGGAAUUUAGUGGGGAAUAAAGGAUAUUUUGAAUAACAACAAGCAGUUUCUGCUGUCAUACAUCUUCUUGCAUAUAUAUAUAUAUUUACUUAGGGACCUGCUGGUGCCAAAGGUUAUGUUGGAUCAGAUGGUGCUUACGGACGAGAUGUAAGUCCGCUUAAUUAAAUCAGAUUCUUAUCACUAUAAUGAGCGUAACUGUCUGAGUCGUAAAACGCUGGGUUCGGCCAUUUUUCAGCUAAUGUUGAAAUAUUCAUUUAUUUUCCUUGCAAUGUGUUUUUUUUGCUCCAGGGUGUAGUUGGUUCUAGAGGCAGCAAAGGUGAACGUGGUCUUGUUGGUGAGAAGGUAAUACUGAACGUGUCUUUCAGAAGCUAGGUCAAAUGACAGGAAUGCCAUUUCAAUGAUAUGUACGAAUGUCACCAAAACACAAAUCAGUGUGCUGCAAAAUUGAACCGAACAACAGUUUUUGUGAAAAUUAUGAAAAGAAAGGAUAGUCCACAUUCAGCCUGAAAGAAUAUUUGUAUCCCCUAGCUCAAGUAACAGUUGAUGGCAAAAUCCUGGCCUUUUAACUAGUUAGUUGUCAUUCCAUUAACCCAAACAACUUGUAAAAUACAUACGAUGAAUUAUACUCCGAUUACAAAAAACCUUUUCCUAAAACUAUUAAGAUUCAUGUCUAAGAGAAGAUCUCGCUUGUAUGACCUUUCUUCCAUGAAGUACUCUGAUUUAUCUCCGAGACUUUUUCCAGCCAUGACAUACGCUGGAUCAUAGAUAUAUAUCUAUGCGCUGGAUAUAUUUUGUUAUUCUAGGGUGUAAGCGGUGACAUCGGAGUGCAGGGAAUAGGCGGUAAUCCUGGUGUUUCUGGAGGCCUUGGUGCAAAAGGCCAGCAAGGUGAUGAGGGGCAAAGAGGAAGUGAGGUAAUAAUUAAGAAUAAUUUGAGCACUCUAUAUAUAUUAUAUAGUCGAAGAAAUGUAAUGCAGACUACACGCUGUUGCAAUAAUGAUAGCAUAUAUCUGAAUGUCAGUGGCGGAGGAACCGGGGGGGGGAGAUAGGGGGCAUCAUGUUCUCCACCCGCCUCAAUUACCUUAAGUUAGUUACCCUUUGAUCUCAUUAUUAUUUUCUAUUCAUGAUUUUGAAAUUUGUCCUAACUUGCUGCCGCUAUAAUAGAGCUACGUUAAAUUAAACAGUUUAUAUUAAUAAUUAUAAUAAAUCUGGCGUACCCUGUAAAUCUACAUAGCGAGUAAAUUCAAUGAAAUUUAAUUUUUUGUGAUUUAUUUUUCAGGGCGAACAAGGCGGGGUUGGUGAAGCGGGUGUUAAUGGAAAGGUUGGGUCUAAAGUAAGUGAUUCUUACGAAAUGUUCUUGAGAUGUUUUAUGUAGAGCAAUCACUCAUCUGUGCGAUUGUAUACCGUUAAUUCACACCAAAAAUCGUCCAUCAUGUGGUUUGUAAGAGGAAACGUUAUAGAUGUUUGAAGCAGGCCUGGUUGUCCAAAUAUUAUAUUUAAUGCAUGUUUUAGGCAUUUAAUUAAAGCCCGUUCUCCACUAGGCGAAUUUGUUCGCGCGAACAGUAAAAAAGUAGGAACUGAUCCAACUUUUUCGCGGCGAAUUUUUUCGCUGACCAAUCACAUUGCCAAGAUUUGUUUUUCGCUUCGCGUCGCGCGAAAAAAAUCGCCUAGUGGAGAACGGGCUUAAGGUGGUCUUCCACCCAAAUUUUCCAAUAUUCGUUAUUUUUUAGAAAAACGUAAAAAUGUAGUCUUUAUAGCGUUCUUUAUAAAAUCCGUGUAAUUUUAAGAACGAAAAUGUACCGUAAACCAGAGAAAUCCAGCAAAUUCUACACCUUCGUAGGGUAAAACCACGAUUUUACCCGGAGCGAUAAAGAUAUGCGAUUGGUUUAGUCUAUUGUUCUAUCUAAGUUAUUCUAAUAUAUGCAAAAACUUUAAAAUCGCUUUUCUCACAUGAGCAUUUUGCGAAAUACUAAAAACUCUCCUACUGUUCAUACUGAAUCAAUUCGUUCGAAAUUUUCAGAGUUUAUUUGCUUGUUAUAUAGCCAUGUCAUGGACCUAAAAAACUUCAUAUAUCAGCAAUAUACAUUGCAAGAGUAGCCUUAUAAGAACUCCUUUCUUCAUAUAAUUUUAAAAAAGUAAAAUAUGAAGGCCUUAUUAUAUUACUUGUAUAUUUUUUUAGGUUCAUGACAUAGAUCGAUGUAUUAAGUGUCCAUUAAAGCUGUUUCUAAAAUCCUCGGUAGAUUAGUUUGGCUCACAUCAUUUUUGGAGCAAACCCUAUAUUUUACCCUAUAGCGAGGCCUAUCUUAGUUACUAUGGCAACGACGAAUGUAAAAGUUACUGAUCCUGCGUCAGCUGGGGAUAUUCCAUCAUAUUUGACUCAAAUAUGAUGAUAAAACCUUUAAAUUGAAAAAAGUGUUUUUAGGGUGGAAGACCCCCUUAAGGGCGGACGAUUAGAAAAAUGAUGGGGGAGUGGGACUUUUUUAAGUUGUACGAAUAUUUUUUAAAUAUUUUUUGCUUGUGUCGAUAAUUUUUUUUAAAUAAUACAAUCCCUUGCACGAAUUUUUUUAUUUCAACUUAUAAUUUUCCCUAUUGAAAAGUCUCCGCACGAAUUUUUUUUUCAAACUUUCUUGGUAUACGAAUUGUUUUAUUUCUGUUUCCCCUGCGCGAUUUUUUUGCUCCCCCCCCCCAUCACUUUUUUAAUGGUCCGCCCCUAACUUAUCUUCAUUUAACUUCUUAUCUGUAUUUAACUUCUUAUCUUCUUACAUGCUAUCUUUCGAUAUUUUUGCUACUGGCAAUUUUCUUUUGAAACAGGGUAAACAAGGAGCUAGGGGUGCAGGCGGUGCUAAAGGUACAUCAGGCCAAAAGGUAAAGUCAACCAAUAUAAUAUAUUAUAAUAUAGCAUUUGUAAAUUCUGAACGCUGAUUGGCUAAGAGCCGUGUUGAUAUAACUCAAUAUCAUCACGGAAAAUUUCUUUCUUUAUAUUUCUUUGUGCUAUGUUAUAAAACAAAUUAUAAUAUAGCAUUUGUAAAUUCUGAACGCUGUUUGGCUAAGAGCUGUGUUGAUAUAACUCAAUGUCAACACGGGAAAUUUUCCGCCGCUCGUAAACACGGAAAUUUUUCUAAUCCUUCGGGCUUUUUGACAUUGCUAUAUUAUAAAAAAUAUAUAAAACAUUUUUCCGUAUUGAUAUAUAGUUAUAUCAACACUCGUGGAAGUUGGGAAAACUCGAAAUUGUAUGAAAACACUCCGCCCUUCGGGCGUCGUGUUUCCAUACAAUUUCUCGUUUUCCCAAUUCCACUCGUGUUGAUAUAACUGUAUAUCAACACGGAAAAUGUUUUAUAUUUGUUAAAUAUAAAACAUUUUUUCCGUAUUGAUAUACAGUUAUAUAUUCAACAUUCGUGGAAGUUGGGGAAAACGAGAAAUUGUGUGAAAUAUAAUAUAACGUUAACGUAGCUAUAUAGUUUUGGUUUGGCUAUGCAACAAUUGUUAAUCUAUAACUAUAAUGGUUGGUUAUGGUAUUUAUGUAAACACCAGAGGUCGAUCUAUAUAUGCAAUCUAAACUUCUUCAAGGUCCCUCUACUUGUGAAAUAAAAGUGUUUUGUCACGAUUCUCUUGCCUGACUUAAUUAAUGAGCUAAUUUCCUAACAAAAAAUUCUUUAGAAAAUUAUAUUUUUCCGAACUAUGCUUCAUUUGUUGCUGUUGGCAAUAAAGGCCAUCCAAUAAUCUUGAUGCAAUAAUUUUGAAUUUUCUAAAAGGUAUUUUUUUACCUGCAUUGACCAAUUAUAUUAAUUGUCAGUUUCUUGCACGUUUUAAGUUAAACUUUGGUAUCAGGGCCAUUGCGAGCAGCCUUCAUUUGGUGGGGUGAGCAACAAAAAUCUACUUGAUAUACCUUGUUAAUAAUUUUACCUGAAAAUGUGGUAUCGUAUUUUCCGAUAAAAGUUAAAAUUUUUCCGACAACAUUUCACCACAAAUUAAUAUUUCUCAAAUAUUUUAGUUAUUUUCUUUCCUAUCCAAUUCACGUUUUGCCGACUAUGAAAACAUUUGACGACCACUCCUUUGUCGACAAGAUGUUUUCAAUCCCCCCCCCCCAUUUACCUGAUUUAUAUUGCCCACAAUUAUUGGGGGGGGGGGAAUAUCCGUCACCCCCGGUCGCUACGGCCCUGUUUGGUAUAUACUAAGGUUCAAAUUAUAACUGGCGCACAAAAUUUCCAUAUAUUAAUUAAUAUGCGGGUUCGAUUCCCACCGUGUUCAAUUCAUGCAAACGUUUCAGCUUCCCCCGGUGUGGAUGUAUACACGCAGAGUAAUAUCACAAACAUCAUAUUCACCUGAGUACAUAACACCAACAUACACAAAAUGUUUCAUGACGUUUUCUGUGUAACUUUCCCGUCCAAACACAUGGGAAAGUUAAGUUAAACGGGAAUCCUGUCUAGACGAGAAACUCGUCUUAAAUUCGCCUUCAGAUGCAUGAAUAAUACGGAUAAAGCGUUGCCAAGCAUGGUAAAAAAAAGUGAUUGAAAUGGAAUUAGAAUUAUUGAGAUAAACAUAUAAAAUUAUAUUAUGUACUUUUUAAAACACGAGCAAUUAUAAAUUAAACUCUAUUCAGCUGUGCAUGAACUGUUACAUUUAUUGUCGUUACUUUACAAUCCGUUGUAUAUAGCAAUACUGAUUUGUUUCAUUUUAGGGCGGCAAAGGAGAAGAAGGAGGUGUGGGUGGAAAUGGUGGUUCCGGAUUACUGGUAUGUCAACAUUGGAUUUAUUGUGAGCAUAUUAAUAAAAUAAUUUUACAGGUUACUGAUUCCAUAUUUAACUUUUUAAAAAACAUUCAUCGUUUGCAAACCUUUGAAAGUGUAUUGUUUUUGGUGGACAUCAUGCAGAAUGGAUGCGCUGUCAUGUUUUUGCAGAUGCUGUACAACGUACAUAUAUAUAGUUGCAACUUCCAUUUCUGUACACAUAUUAAGUCGCUUCUCGUUUUUAUUAGGGUGCUAAAGGUGAACCUGGUGGAGCCGGAGUAGCUGGUUUGAAAGGCCCUCAAGUAGGUGACUGAUGCAUGGUUUCGUAAUAUUUCAUAAGCUACACUAAUGAGUUUGUUUGAUCUAAUCUGUAUGUUCAUCACUUUUGUUAAACCGUGGUAAUUUCAAUUGAUAAUUUGUUGUUAUCAGGGUGAUCCUGGUUUCCUUGGUGAGCCUGGUGAUAUGGGAGGAAGAGGAAAACUGGUACACAUGAAGCUUAAGAUGAUCAUCAACAAAAUAAACAAUAACAAUAACAAUAACAACCACAUGCAACAACAAAAACAUGACAACAUCAGCAACAAAAAGAGCAUAGCAGCCAUAAUAACAAUAAAAACAGUGUUAACUGCAGCAACAUAACAACAAACAAUUAACAACAGGUUGUCUAAACGUCCAGUAAAGAUUGGACUUUAUACCUAACCACACCGUCAGAUACGUAUUCUAUAUAUUCUAUAUAUGUUAAAGUGUUUAGUGAACUUUAGUUUUGCAUAUUUUAGGGAGCUGAUGGUGGUCAUGGCAUGGCAGGCGCAUUAGUAUGUAUAUCUAAAUUGUAUAUUUAACUGAAAUAUUUUCGAGAAAUAACACGUGAUUUAUCGUUUGACUUUCAUUUUUCUUUUUUUGACACUUCAAUAGGGUGAUAGUGGACCGAAGGUAAGUGUCUGUUUCUUAGAACUAAUGACGUAAUAUAAACGAAACUACAUAUUGUUAUUUUGGAUGUCUUAAAGUAUGUCAUUACAUAUCUCCAUGGUUGCCAUAUACUACCCCUCACAAACCCCUCACCAGACCAUUGUUAUAUAUAAUUGAAACACCUGGCGGGACGCGAAGGCUAGUGAAGCAUUCUUUCCCAUAAAUAAAGCAUCAAUAUUUUUAUUAAUAAUUAGUUUUUGACAUUUACUAUAUUAUAAUAGGGAUGACCAAAUCGUAUUUCUAAUAAGAAAACAAAAAUAAGACAUGUCUGAGCUUUGUUGGUAACAGCAUCUAAAUGUAAGAUAUUCAUUAACAUGUUCUGUUACUGAACUAUUAGUGUUUUUUCGUUUCUAGGGACGACAAGGUGGUGCUGUAAGUUGCUUUUUAUUUAUUAUAUUUUAUUCUGAUGUGCACAGGCAAGAAUAGGCAAAAACAUCUUAUUUCAUCAAAUACACUGGAUAAAUGCUGAACAUUUUAAGAUAUUCGAUCUGUAAAAAAUUGUUUUAAUUUGUGUAGCCAUGUUCCCAAAGUGCAAAGGUGCAGUGCAAAUCAGAAAACAUUUCCCAAGGCAUUUUCCUGUAUAGUUAAGAGCAAAUUUGUCUGAAAAAUUGCUCAAUAGACUGUGACAUGCGUGUGCACAUAUAUACAAGACAAGUUGAAGAAUGAAGGUUAAAAACUAAAGAAAACAAUGUUUUCAACAAACUAAUCGUUCGAAACCACUUUGAAAAGAUCAAUAUUUUUGCAUGUUUCCACUAGAGUGCUUCCUUGACCUUGUUUCUACAGACUCUAACUUCCUGGAUUAUAUUUUUAGGGUCCUCCUGGUCCACCUGGCCCUCCAGGAUCAUCUACUCAUGUAAGUUUACUGUGCAAUUUAGCUUUUUCAAGGCUAGUUAGUAUCGACAUAGUUAAAAAGUAUGACACAAUUUUCGUAAACAAACAUCCAAGGUUGUAUAAAACUCAAAAACAUACGGUUUUGAUUGACUAAUGCAUCAGUCAAAUCCAAGCGUGCCCUUCCCCCCUCCCCCCGCCCGGGCCAACCACCGAAAUAAAACAAACUCCAUGUUUUUCCUCUCAAACUCUUCCAUGAUAGAAUAUUCAAUAUAAACCAGUCAAGUUGUAGUUUAAAAGGGAUGGACAUGCUUGGAUUUGGCUGAGGCAUAACUUUCGCACUAACUGUAGUUAACUUUAACCACCUUUUUAUACAACCAGCCGCAGAGGCAGAUGCAGGGGCGUAGCAACAGGGGGCACGUGCCCCCCCAUUUUUUUUCAAAGGACCAAGAGUGCCCUUUUUUGUGAUGAAAAUUGCCCUUUUUGUACAAGAUAAUGUCGCUGUAAAUACUAAAUUAACAUCAAAGGUGCCCUUUUUGUUUGGAAAUUUCAAUGUUUUUUUAAAAAAAUUGGUAAAAAAUGUGCAAUUUUGGUACGUUGACGGGGAAAUUCAAUCUUUUGAUGCUUCCUACCCCCCUGGAUAGAUGCAUCCAAGCUUGCUGGGAUGUGGUACUGGUACACCACCUAGAUUAAGCGCAACCACGACCAGAGCUGCUGUCAAGUUUCUUAAAUCCUUAGUAGUUAGUUUUAAAGAACUGACCUUCCAUUCCUUGGGGGUGUGCAAGAAGAAGCUAAUAUACCUCGAGAAUUCUAGGAAUCUGACAUGGCCUGACAUCGAUACGAACUGCCCCCCUGUUCUGGGCCUUGACUUGUUCAUUCCAGUGUCCAUCACGUUUCAAACAAUCUCGAAAUACUUUAUUGAAUAUGUUUGUGAUAAAAUAUGAGUUUGUUUCAUGCUUCAUUACUCGUGCUUCGUUUGUUCACAGAGUAGAUAAGACAUACAGAGACGUAACUGACCGUUGUAAACACUGCGGAAGAUUACGUUAUCAUGUACCCACUUUUUUCAGGCGACCGGGCGAAAAAUGAUCAACUGCGCGUGCUCAGCAAGUUUAAAGUGAGUCGUCAUCAGGUCGUCAUCCAAUCAGAUGCAUGCAUCUAGUAACUUGCCGAGCAUGCGCACAAAAAAAGUGGGUACACUGGUUACGUCUCUGUAUGUCUCUACUCUGUGGUUUGUUUGAUAAAUGAUAAAAUAAGAUUUGAAAAUUCCUGCCAAAAAACGAAAACUUGAGCCCGCGAUAAAGUGUUGUAGCGAUACUUCAUCUAAGAAACUAAGAUGCGUUUAAGGAAAUGUUAGUCAUCUUAUUUAUCUUAAUUAUUGUAUAGCUUUCGAAAAAUAGACGAAAUAACGGGUUGCGCUUAACACGCGUGUCGGACACGGCCGUGCAGAAAUACGGAUUAAAAUGUUAAUUGGGUAUUGGGCAAACGCUGAAACGCCAUAAGGACAUCAAGCUAAUAAGCUUUAAUUAUUAAGAAGUGUCCUUUUGGGAAAGUGGCGCAUGCGCCACCAUGGACGUACGAGAAUUGAAAGAUCGAUAAGUUGGGAGGGGAUGGAAAGUAAGAAAAAAAAGAAAUUAGUAAAAAGUUAAUAUCUGUGUAUCAUGAUAUAUACAAAGGGUUCCAGUUGCAGCUAUGAAGUUGGUAGAAUUUGGGGGAGUGAGGGAGGAUUUUAUGUUUCAGGAUGAAAAAUUGGUUAUAUCUUCAUGUUUCGAGCACAAUGGGGUUAGGGAAGGGGAUGAGAUUGAGGUGAAGAUCAAAGAGAAAUAUAUUCGUGCGUGAAACAUGAAGGAUGUUACCGAGAAGUGGUUUUCUGCAAAUUUAAGCAUAUACGCGUAUGUGUAAUGUGCGCCACUGUUUGCAUUAUAAUAUACAUGUUUUGAAUUGAAACUAUAAGCGCCAGAACUGGCUAGCAUGGUUGCGAUACAUUAAAGCUAAUGUACCAGUUUGAUCUUCAGAGACCAGCAAAUUCUUACUAUAAAUUUUGGAUUGUGUUGCCAGCUUGUAACUAGAAACCCAUAAAAAUACUACGUCAAUCUAUCGAUUACAAAUGUGUGUUUUCUUUACUGUCGAUCUAGUCUGGUGUGGCUGGUGGUGAGACGUUAGUGGGAACAUCAUCUCAAAAAGGACCUGCACGUGAACCUGACUAUUAUCGUACCCGAAUGGUAAGCUCAGAAUGAUCUAAGACCGCUUGUGACCAUGAAUUUAAUUUUACUUUAUUUCAUGCCAUAAAAUCGUAGUGAAAAAUGUCACCCUGUAGCAGUUCAAGUUUGAGUAACCGCACUAUGCUCAAACCGCAGCUCAUAGGCGUGUAACAUAAUUUAUUUUCAAAAGUGUUGAAAAACGGUGAAGUACCCAAUUUUUUAUUGUCUUGAAGGCUAAAUUUUCUCUCGCUUCAUAUUUUCUAUAAUAGAUUCUUAAUUUUACCUUUCUGGGUAUAUCUGAUAUUAAACACCACUGAUAAGAAUCAUAGCGAUAAAAAGUAUUGUGUGGGAUAUAUUAUUGAAGAUAAUCUACGCCAGCAAUGACAAACCUGCACUAAUAUGAAAUAUGGGAUGUUGAUUAUAGUUCAUUUUGAUCAUUUUCAGGAAGAGCUACUUAAUGAAGUUGAAGAAACUACACAUUCUAACGAGAUUGAUACACGGGUAAAUAUUACCAAAGCGUAAUAUAAUCAGUCACGUACCUUCGCGUGUAUACACUUUACAAUGUUACAAUGUUAUAAGCUGUACGAAAUUAUUUCGUCCAUUAGGUAGAACCUCUCCGCUCCAUAACAUCAGCCAUGAGAGAUCUUGAUCUUCUUAAACAUCCUGAUGGAAGCAAAAAACAUCCUGCAUCAACCUGCAAAGACCUUCACAUGUCUCAUCCAAAGUUAGAAAGUGGUAAGAAUUUGCUUGGAUGCUUAGCCGGUUCAUGUAUAUUGCCUGUAUAUAUAAUAUGCCUAUGUACCGAAAUAUGGUACAUACGGUACUCGUCACGUACGCGUCAGUCUAUCUUAAUACGGUAUGAAAAAUUACAAGAAACCAAAAACGUUCAAUGCCGGUUUGAAGGUGGACAUUAUUUUUUUAGCAUAUCUCUUUUGAAAGUUUUAUUUUUAACAUAAAUCGAUUCCAGAAAUCCAAAUUUUCUUUUAUUUAAUAUUUAGGUAAUUAUUGGAUUGACCCCAACGGUGGGGUUGCUAAUGAUGCUGUGUUAGCACAUUGUCAAUUUGAGAGUUUAGCGACAUGUAUCUUGCCUAACAAGCUUCAGGUAAGAUUUGACUAAACUGUACUACGACAAAAUUACAAAUAACGUUAAAGAUGGGCACAGUCCGCGCGCACGCGUGUUGAAGUGAUGACAACUAUUUAUAUAUUUUCCUGUUUCAAUUGAGAAAACAAAUUAUCAAGGGAGCAUGCGUGGUCAGACUUUGCAAAAAAAUAGAACCUUGUUAAUUUAAGGUGUCUGUAUAACGAACUGAAACAUCCAAUUUACGCAUGCACAAAACGGACUGUACCGCACCAUUAACGUUAUGUGAAAAAGCUAUGUAAAACUGAAUUCAUUGUAAAAAAUACUUUUUAUUCAUAUAUAAAUAUGCAUAUGACUAUACGUUAUAUAUUCAGUCCUCUGAAUAUUAGUGUUCUCAUCUCAAAUAUUGACUGCGUGGAUGAAUUCAAAACCUCUAAUUAAAACAAUAAGCAAACCUGUAGAAUCGCUGAAGCUCACAGAAUAGGCGUAUGAGACAGGGUGGACUGGCUGCGACCCAUACCCCCACCCCCGCCCCCAGAGGUCAGUGUUUGGUCGGGCAGGCCAUGGUAGGUAUUAGUAUUGAUUGAAAUUUAUUUUAUAUAUUGAAUAAUUCGAAUUGCAUGCAGUAGAAUGAGAUCCCAGAAAAACUCGUAAAUACAGUCGAACCUCUAUUAAGCGGCCACCCUCGGGGUCGGCUUUGUGGCCGCUAAAUAGAGGUACGCAAAUAAUAGACCCUGGGCGUAGUCAUGCAAAUGUCUAUUUCUAAUUAUAAAUCACAGAAUACAAUAGUGAGGAGACUUUAGAAAUAUCAGGCCGCCAAACACCGACACUUUUACUACAGACUUUUGAGGUGUAAAGUGGCAUGUGUUAAAACAUAAUUUUUAAGCAUUAUUUUACAAAUAAAGCAAAUUAGCUCGACUUUUAUUUGCGGCUCUCUUGACAAGGUGUUGCGCCAAGUAAAUCCUGCAAACUGGCCGCUUAAUAGAGUGAAAAAUUGACAUAGAACAUCAUUUGGGACCGCUCUUUGGGUGGCCGCGGCCGCUUAAUAGAGGUGGCCGUUUAAUAGAGGGAUAGUUUAUAGUAUUUGUAUUACAAAAAUUUCGGGACUUCGAUAUGUGGCCGUUUAAUAGAGGGUGGCCGCUCAAUGGUGGGCCGCUUAAUAGAGGUUCGACUGUGGUAGUAUAUUCUUAUUUAUCGUUUUACGAUUGACUUUAUUUCCCCGGGUCCUACGUCAUAUCUUCCUUCUAUUCAUCUACCAGGGAAUGUUACCUCAUGCUAAUGAGUGUUGGAAACCUUUGCGUUUGGAAUUAAAGUCCUACAAAAGGAUGCUAGAGCCAAGGUCGAUCACUUGCUAACCGACGCUUUACCACAUUUUUCUUUCGUUGUCUUUUUUCCUCAGGUUGAAAAGAGGAGUUGGUACUCUGGCAGAGAUCGUUAUCUCUGGUUCUCGGAGGAACUAAAGAAAACAAGAGAGGUAUGUUCUUCUUAAUUCAGAUGUCAUGCCACGUUGCAAUACUACGGAAUAGAGCAAAAUUGGUUCAAUUAGCCUUUCUCACGCUGGCCUAUAAGCGUACGAGACAAGGGGCAAGGAAGGGGGGGGGGGGCAACUGCCCCCCAAACUUUAGAAAACCGUGGAAAUUCGGGCAAAUGCUAGGAAAAGUCAAGAAAAUUCGGGCAGAUUUAUAUUAGAAAAUAUGUUAAAUUCAGGUUAUUUCAUUACAAUCCUCCAUAAAAAUUGCCAUACUAUUUUUGGGCACUGUAUCCCCGAAAUGGGGGAUAAACCGAGCGUGAGAAAGGCUAAUUGAAGUUAGGUUAUUAACACUGCAUUCUACGUGUACGAGUUAACCAUAUAUUAUUAAUAAUUAGUAAUGCAUGGUUGCCUUUUAUUUCCAGAUUCAAUACUCCGUGGAUGGAAAUCAAAUUCGUUUCUUACAAAUGUUCUCAGCAAAAGGAUGGCAAAACAUCACCUACCAUUGUCGCAACUCAGUUGCUUGGAAUGAUGAAAAUAAUAGUAAAACGAAUUCAAUCAAAUUACGUGGUGAUAAUGGCAUGGAAUAUCACGCAUUAAGUGCCAAGAAAUUCAGACCUAAAGUUAUUAAAGAUGACUGUAAUGUAAGUAUUGAACCCAUUAUUAGUUCAAUUUCAAAAUUUCUGAAUACUAAUAAUACAAUUAAGGAAUACAAUCAGCCUUUCUCACACCAUGCGCCCUUACUAAACACUUCGUCGCUUACCUCAUUCGCAGAGGCCGCUUUCUAAUGUACUUUUUCGACUGUGCUUUCUGAACUGUACUUUUUGAACUGUGCUUUCUGAACUGUGCAUUCUGGACUGUGCUUGCUGGAUUGUGUUUUCUGAACUGUGCUUUCAGGACUGUGCUUUCUAGACUGUGCUUUCUGGACUGUGCUUUCUUGACUGUGUUUUUUGAACUGUGCUUUCUUGACUGUGUUUUCUGAACUGUGCUUUCUGGACUGUGCUUUCUUGACUGUGUUUUCUGAACUGUGCUCUCUUGACUGUGUUUUCUGAACUGUGCUUUCUGGACUGUGCUAUCUGUUGUGCUUUCUGGAUUGUGAUUUCUGAACUGUGUUUUCUGAACUGUGUUUUCUGAAUUGCGUUUUCUGAACUGUGUUUUCUGAACUGUGUUUUCUGAACUGUGUUUUCUGAACUGUGUUUUCUUUCUGAACUGUGUUUUCUGAACUGUGUUUUCUGAACUGUGUUUUCUGGACUGUGUUUUCCGGACUGUGUUUUCUGGACUGUGUUUUUUGAACUGUGUUUUCUGAACUGUGUUUUCUGAACUGUGUUUUCUGAACUGUGUUUUCUGAACUGUGUUUUCUGGACUGUGUUUUCUGGACUGUGUUUUCUGGACUGUGUUUUCUGGACUGUGUUUUCUGGACUGUGUUUUCUGAACUGUGUUUUCUGAACUGUGUUUUCUGAACUGUGUUUUUUGAACUGUGUUUUCUGGACUGUGUUUUCUGGACUGUGUUUUCUGAACUGUGUUUUCUGGACUGUGUUUUCUGGACUGUGUUUUCUGGACUGUGUUUUCUGAACUGUGUUUUCUGAACUGUGUUUUCUGGACUGUGCUUUCUGGACUGUGCUUUCUGGACUGUGCUUUCUGGACUGUGAUUUCUGGACUGUGUUUUCUGAACUGUGCUUUCCGGAAUGUGCUUUCCGGAUUGUGCUUUCUGGAUUGUGAUUUCUGAACUGUGUUUUCUGAACUACGCUCUCUGGACUGUACGUUCUGGACUGUGCUUUCUGAACUGUGCUUUCUGGACUGUACUUUCUGGACUGUGAUUUCUGGAUUGUGAUUUUUGAACUGUACUUUCUGGACUGUGCUUUCUGGACUGUGCUUUCUGGGCUGUGCUUUCUGGAUUGUGCUUUCUGGAUUGUGCUUUCUGAACUGUGCAUCCUGAACUGUGCUUUCUGGACUGUGAUUUCUAGACUGUGUUUUCUAGCAUUUCACACCUCCUCCCUCUCAAUAUCUACAUGACCCCUCUCUGGAAACAACAAAACUCGCAUGACCCCUCCCCCAAGAACUUUUGUGACCCCCCCCCCACCAUUUUAUAUAAAAUACAUUACAAGUGUAUAAAUAUGGUACGUCAGUACCAUAUCAGUUGAAAAAUUAAAAAAUCUUUAUUUUAUGACGUUAGUAAUAGUGCAAAAGCUCCUGUAAACUUUUCAAAUUUUCAUGUUCUAUAAUAACAUAUUUUAAAGAGGUCAAAACAUUGCCAGAACUAAAACUUUCCCCCCCCCCCCUCUAAAUUACUCUUCAAACUCUGGUGACCCCCAAAAACAAACACCAAACUUUUUUGCCCCCGAGUCAAACUGAUUCAGAUGAGGGAACGUUUCGGACGAGGACUAAUGUAAGGUAAUUGCAUGCGGAUUGCGAGAGAUACAACUGCUUGAAACGUCGAAGUUCUGCUUGUAUUUUUGAAGUAGUUGUAUCUCUCACAUACACUGGCAUAGGCCGAACGUUGCGAUCUCCGGCUUAAUGUCUUAUCAAGGGUCAUCUAAAUUCACAACGUUGCUCUCUCGAUGGAUGACGUCUCGGCCAACAAGGUGGAGUUAGUCCGCCCUGUUGCAGCAAAACUACAGCGCGCGUGUUAUUCUGAUAUUUAACUUUCCUUGUUAUUCAUUAUAGAAAAAAGACGGUCAAUGGCAUCAGACUACAUUGCAAGUAGACACGGCGAACACGGCACGACUACCUAUUCGUGAUGUCGCUGUCUACGAUAUCGGUGGUAAAAACGAGGAAUUUGGAAUUGAGUUUAGCGCAGUUUGUUUCUCUUGAAGUUGAAGCAAUAGACUACGCACUAUUAUAUCAGGGUAAAGAUAGAACUACAAAAGUUUCAAUUAACCAUUCUAGAACAUCAUUAGAAAUAAAUGACAUGCAUCACUGUUAUGUUAGUAAAUACUGAACCUUUUUUCGUGUAAAAAUGCAUGGCAUAGACCAUUGAACCGCGAAAUUCGAAUAAAAUCUAAUUAUAUUCUGUUUUAAGCACGUUAAGUUUAAUACUAGAAAGAAAUUCAAGGUUAUACAGCUCUAAUCAAAAUGAAAAACAACACAAAAUUUAUGACGGAAAUAAUCUUAACAUCACAGGAUGUCUCAAUUAUAGUCUAUUAGAAUUUCAAAUCGUUUUAUUUGGCAUUAUAAAUAUGUUAAUCUGUAUCUCUUAGACUUAUUACAACACAG